GGACUGUCACCCGCUCUUCGCUCCCUCUUACGUUCUCCACUCCCUUUUACGCUCUCCCGCUCUUCACCACAGAGUCUCCGAGGAGUCUCCGCUGCGCUUGGGAGAACCCAACUCAUUAGAAUAAGCUUUAGUGUGAAAUAACUACCACGAUCAGUAAACGUACGCCCGGUCGCGCCCGCGCAUUUACAAAGUCAAGUGUUCGCUUUUCUCCGAGUGUUCAAUUUUCAGCAAACUAGGAAAUUUCCAGGACCAGCAACCCCAUCACCCUUACAUUUUGGUCCUUCGAGCCGGAUAUCCUGGAUUUUUCAAGUUUGUCCACCAGCGAGCAACUUAUAAGAUAACAUGGCUCCUCGUCAACAAAACGCACGCAGUGCUCGUGCCGUGGAGAGCAGACGUACCCGAGGUAUUCAAUCCUACCGAUGCCGAGUCUGCCGCGGUAUCCAUCCUCUUCGGAAGUGCGCGAGGUUCCUAAAGCUCAGCGCUGAAAAGCGUUUGCGAGCAGUCCUCAUUAACCAAUACUGCGCCAAUUGCCUCGCUCACGAGCAUUCCACAGGAGACUGCCGAAGCGGUGAUCGUUGCAAGAAGUGCGACCGAUCCCACCACACGCUGCUCCACAUGCACGAGCAGGUUAGCUCGUUGUCGCGGUCGCGAGCGCGCUCGCGUCGCCAACCGGUGCCAACCCGGCAAGCAGCUUCGGCCUCGUCCCAACGUUCCCGCCGGCACAAUCCGCCAACUCAGCGUAGGAGUUCACCGCCACGACGACCGGAAUCGACGACGCCAGGCCCAUCGCUCUCGUCCCUGCUGCAACGCCACAGCGUGAACAUCCUUCCCACAGCGCUGGUCAAGUUGGAGACCGGGACGAAGACCUUCGAGACCGCAGCACUUAUCGAUCCGUGCAGCCCCAUGAGCUGCAUCGACGCUUCGUUGGCGUCAGCCUUUAAGCUUUCGAUGACCAAUGUUGGCGACGAGAAGGUCUGCACGACGACGAUUCGCUCCAGGAUCGACGCGAACACGAAGCUCGAGGUCGUGCUCAAGAUCGAGCCCAGGGUGCGGAUCCGUACACCUGUCCGGGCAUUGAGCGACACCGUAGUGUCCAAGUACAGGGACAUCAUGCUGGCGGAUGACGGGUUCCAUCGGCCUGCUACCGUAUCCAUGGUCUUAGGAGCAGACAUUUAUCCUAAGGUUAUCCAAUCCGGAUUCCUGACCUUCGACGAGGGAAUGCCGGUCGCUCAAAAGACCGUGUUUGGGUGGAUCGUGUCCGGUGCCUGCAGCUUGCCGUAGGAUGGCUAUGUUGCAACCCCAGUGAUUGCAAGGGGGGCGGAAUGUUCGAGUUACGGGGUUUGGACUGUCACCCGCUCUUCGCUCCCUCUUACGUUCUCCACUCCCUUUUACGCUCUCCCGCUCUUCACCACAGAGUCUCCGAGGAGUCUCCGCUGCGCUUGGGAGAACCCAACUCAUUAGAAUAAGCUUUAGUGUGAAAUAACUACCACGAUCAGUAAACGUACGCCCGGUCGCGCCCGCGCAUUUACAAAGUCAA